AGGUCCAAAGGAACACCAAUCCAAUGCCCACAAAGACAGCAGCAGCGCGAAACCCAAAAGUUUAUGUCUAAAACCAACCGACUCCUUUAGUCUCUACCCUCUCUCUAGGUGGCGGCCCUCUCUCUCUUGACCACCACCUCCGAGGCUCCGACAGUGAAUAUUUGCGACUCUGCCAAUAUCUCGGCGAGCACUUCCAUCGAAUCGAUUUCAGGGUUCAGUUUAGUAACUUUAGUUGCUGGGAAGCAAAAUGGAGGUGUCUGCGGAAAAUGCAGGGCAGUCUAUGAUGGAUUUGAAGUGUGAAAAAGAUUCAUUGAGCAUGCAAGAUGGUGAUAGCAAUGCAUUGAUCUUGCCGGCAAAGAGAACAAAAAAAAGGAAGGGCAUGAAUGCGGAUGAAAUGGCCAAAAUGAAGAAAUGCCCAAAGUUGAGCAAAUCCCAGAAGAGAAAGUUGAUACAGUUGGAGGAGGAGAAGCAGAAAGCAUUUUUGCUAUCUAAAAGCAUUGAGAACUUGGAGAAAUACAAGAUUUCGGAGGAUGCACAUUCUCUUUUGCGAUCUUCAAAAAAUAUCAGUCGGGUUGAAACUGUGAAAGAGAAACAUAGGAUGGCUGUACAAUUUUCCAAGUUAGGAUUAGAGGUUCCAAGCAGUGACCAGUAUGCCAAGAUAAAGAGUAGUGAUGAAUCUUGUGAAUCUGAACCUGGGUUAGAUGAAAGUCAUAUAAGGCAAGAUAGAAGGGAGAACGACUCCUUACGACCGAUUAUCGUAGAGAGAGAGGUCCUCGAUAAAGCAUCAUAUUCUUUUUUCCCUUCUCAAUGGCAAGUUUGCAGCAAUGACUUUGGUCUAAAUGGUGGAUACGUAGCUGACCAACCACCUGAAGAACUUCCAAGUGAUGAGAUUGUCAAAUCUAUUCAAGAAGAUGCAAGGAUUUCUUCACUGUCUUUACGUAGCUGUGACGAGAAAGAAUCCUCUGAGUCAAGGAGUAAAUUAGGUGAAAGCUUAAAUGCAAAUGUCAGCAAGGAAAGCAAUUUGCCUAAUAGUCUUCAGCAAGGACCUUGCAGACCCUCAACUGUGGUGCAUGUAUCAAGGCCAUCUGAAAUUGAAAACCAGAGGAUAGAUCUUCCUAUAGUUAUGAUGGAGCAAGAGAUUAUGGAAGCUAUAAAUGAGAACUCCACUGUCAUUGUUUGUGGAGAAACAGGCUGUGGUAAAACCACGCAAGUUCCUCAGUUCCUCUAUGAAGCUGGCUUUGGUUCAAAGCAUUACACUGACCGAAGUGGAAUUAUUGGAGUUACUCAACCACGCCGUGUUGCUGUCCUUGCCACUGCUAAGCGUGUAGCAUUUGAGCUUGGUUUUCAUCUUGGUAAAGAGGUUGGAUUUCAAGUUAGGCAUGACAAAAGGAUUGGAGACAAGUGCUCUAUCAAGUUUAUGACUGAUGGAAUAUUACUUCGAGAAGUUCAGAAUGAUUUUCUGCUUAAGCGUUACUCUGUUAUAAUUCUGGAUGAGGCUCAUGAGAGGAGCUUGAACACAGAUAUACUUAUUGGAAUGCUCUCUCGUAUAAUUCAACUCCGCCAGGAUUUAUUCGAGAAGCAGCAAAAAUUAUUGCUUUAUGGACAGAUUGUAAGUCCUGAAGACAUGAUUUUUCCAUUGAAACUUGUUAUGAUGAGUGCCACCUUGCGAGUGGAGGACUUCAUCUCUGGAAAAAAGUUAUUUCGUAAUCCUCCUCCUGUGGUUGAAGUUCCUACAAGGCAGUUUCCUGUUACCGUACAUUUUUCGAAGAAAACAGAAAUUGUGGAUUAUAUUGGCCAGGCCUAUAAGAAGGUUUUGGCAAUUCAUAAGAGGCUGCCACCAGGGGGCAUACUUGUAUUUGUCACGGGGCAGAGGGAAGUUGAGUAUCUGUGCAGUAAGCUACGUAAAGCUUCAUGGGAGCUGAUUGUGAAGUCUGAUAAAGGUAAAGAAGAAAACAAUGCCACUGCUGUGUCUAACUUGAACUCCACUGAGGAAAUCAACACGAAGGAGAUCAAUGAAGCAUUUGAUGUUCAUGGGAACUCAAACUAUGAGCAAACUGACAGGUUUAGCUCUUAUGAUGAAGAUCAGUAUGAUUACGAAGAUGAGUCAGAUGAUUAUCAUGAUUCUGAAACAGAUAGUGAUUUGGAAUAUACUGGUGAAGGUGGAAGUUCAUUGGAUCAGAAAACCCCUGAUGAUGAUCUUGUAGGGGUUUUAGGAGAGGAAAUGAGCCUUGCCUCACUUAAAGCAUCUUUUGAAGCUUUGGCUGGAAAUAGUGCGUUGGACUCCGGUUCUGAGGGGCAAAAGACCAUUUCUGUUACUCCUAAAGGAUGUUCAGAGCUUCCCAAACCCACGGGAAAGAAUAAGUGUGGAGACACUGGUCGCAGUGCUGGGGCACUGUGUGUCCUUCCACUUUAUGCCAUGCUGCCUGCGGCAGCACAGCUUCGUGUGUUUGAAGAGAUCAAGGAAGGAGAGCGACUUGUUGUUGUAGCCACUAAUGUGGCUGAAACCUCUUUAACUAUCCCUGGGAUAAAGUAUGUAGUUGAUACUGGAAGGGAAAAAGUGAAGAACUAUAAUUCCACCACUGGUAUGGAAACAUUUGAAAUCUGUUGGAUCAGUAAAGCAUCAGCUGCUCAGCGAGCAGGAAGAGCUGGAAGGACCGGUCCUGGCCACUGUUAUCGUCUUUAUUCAUCAGCUGUCUUUACUAACAUACUUUCUGACUUCUCCUGUGCUGAAAUAUCUAAAAUACCUGUUGACGGUGUUGUUCUUAUCAUGAAAUCAAUGGGAAUUGACAAGGUUGGGAAUUUCCCUUUUCCAACUCCUCCAAAUGCAGCUGCAUUGGUCGAAGCGGACCGUUGCUUGAAGGCUCUUGAAGCACUUGAUAGCAAUGGAAGAUUGACGCCCCUUGGGAAGGCUAUGUCUCAUUAUCCCAUGAGUCCUCGCCACUCCCGGAUGCUCCUUACAGUUAUCCAGAUUAUGAGGAAGGUGAAAAGUUAUAGCAGGGCAAAUUUAAUUCUUGGAUACGCUGUCGCAGCAGCUGCGGCUUUGAGCUUGUCAAAUCCUUUUGUCAGGCAGUUUGAAGGAACCCACAAUAAUCAAGAUGACUUAGAGCCAGAUCAGAGAUCCACUGCUUUAGGUAGUGCAAAAAUUGCUGAGAAGCAAGAAAAAUCUAGAAAAAAGAAACUUAAAGAGACUGCUAAGAUAUCGCGAGCAAAAUUUUCUAACCCUAGCAGCGAUGCUCUGAGUGUAGCUUAUGCAUUGCAGUGUUUUGAACUUUCUAAUAGCCCGGUUGAAUUUUGCAAUGACAAUGCACUAUACCUUAAAACCAUGGAGGAAAUGUCCAAGCUACGAAAGCAGCUUCUUCAACUGGUUUUUCACCAAAGUAUUAAUUAUUGUAGUGAACAGGAUUUCCGAUGGACUCAUGGAAGUGUGGAGGAUGUGGAACAAGUUUGGCGGGUUUUAUCCAGUAAGAACUCUCUUUUACUGCAAGAGGAAGAGCUCUUGCGGCAAGCUAUAUGUGCUGGCUGGGCUGAUAGGGUUGCCAAGCGGAUUAAAGGGAUCUCAGUGUCAUCAGGAGAUCGAAAAGCUAAUGCAGUUCGUUAUCAAUCAUCCAUUGUUAAAGAAACAGUUUUCCUACAUCGGUGGUCUUCUCUGUCGAACUCAGCUCCUGAGUUUCUAGUGUACAGUGAAUUGUUACAUACGAAGCGGUCAUACCUGCAUGGGGCAACAAGCGUGAAACCAGAAUGGCUUGUUAGAUAUGCGGGCUCUUUAUGCAGUUUCUCUGCUCCCCUUACGAACCCCAAGCCAUAUUAUGACCCUAAUGCUGACCAAUUAUUUUCUUGGGUCAUUCCAACGUUUGGGCCUCAAUUAUGGCAGCUACCAUUACAUAGUUUGCCCAUUAAUGGUGACGUGCACCGUGUGACUGUUUUUGCUUAUGCUUUGCUUAAGGGUCAUGUUUUGCCAUGCUUAAAAUCAGUCCGGAGGUUCAUGGCAGCGCCCCCUGCGAGCAUUUUGAAGCCCGAGGCAAAAGGUCAAAGGCGUGUGGGAAAUCUUCUAUUUAAGUUAAAGACAAAGUCGAUUGAUAGUUGUGCUAAGCUAAGGGAGACAUGGAAAGGGAAUCCUAAGGAACUUUAUCCGGAAAUUUUGGAUUGGUUUCAGGAAGGUUAUAAUAGUCACUUUGAAGCUCUUUGGUUGCAAAUGCUUGGUGAAGUUGUGCUAGAGCCUUGCAAACGCUUUCCAAAAUCGGUCAAGAGACAUAAGCGGAAAAGGUAAAGUUCUCAUCCGAAAAGUCUUUGAGAUAGCUGAGGAACGCACGUGUGAAAGGAUCAUGCUAAUAAGCUAACAGCCUCAAACUUAUUGCAUGAGGCUGGUCAAUACUUGGUUCACAGCUCCCUGUUAACCAUGGAGCUGCUUCCGUUCUGGGGAAUCGGCAAUGACAAUGCUGUAAGAGUUGCCAAGGCACAGCCCACUAGAUGGGAAAUAUCGUAAAGAUAAAUUAUUCUUGUCUUUCGCUGUUUGUUUUGUUUCAGUUUUGGGUUCUAUUAUGAAAGGCAGUUUUGGGAGGAGCUUUAACUGCGGUUAGUUAAUAUUUAUAUCCCAUUUUAACCAGGUAUGAUUUGGUAGUCGGAUGACCCGAUCAUGGUUGUAUUCAGUGCUUCAACUUGCUCUUCCUUUUGUAAACCAGUAAAAGUAGUCACGGGUCACAUAAGCAAGCAAGAUAUGUUGAGAUUGUGCUGCUUGUGCGUGGUCCUGUAUUUAUUAUGUGUGAGAUCAUAUCCUUGCCAAUAAUUGAUGGCAACAUCCGAAUGAAUGCACUGUACUUGCCCACUUCUCUAUCAAUAUACAGACCAUAUAAUGGAUAUGUACUCUCAGGGGCUUUCCUUGGUAGAUUUUCUA